AGACCUAAUUUCAACGUCUAAACUAUCAGGUUGGAAAGCCAUUUUCUUUAGUCUACUUGAACGUAUCAUGUUGCUUGGACUUUUUGUUGUCGAGGCACAGAGAGAACGGUUUAUGGGUCGCUGAUUCAUGGGCAUCAAUAUCCAUCAUAAAAUAUUGACGCUUCACGCCUGGAUAACGAGUUUAUCUCAGUAUGUUUCAGGUAAACAGUUGCGCUGUGCGAUACUGAACAGCGGGUAGACUGUGUUCGCUUGAAGGCUAACUUACGUCUAUUCUGCUUGAGGGCAACAGAUUUUCCCGAUAUUUUCUAAAGACGCAGCCUUUUACCAGAACUCAAAAAAAGCAAAUUAUGAAUACUGCACUUAUCAGCAGCGUGACUACAGUGGACUAAAAACACUAAAUAACUAGAUAAAUUUUUACUAAUCUAUGAACGAUGGUCAUAGGAAACAUUCUAGGAAAAAUCACUAAAUUAUACAUACAAUACAUAAAUAAUGUAUUCUUAGGCAAAUCUAUGGAAAAUAGCGUUUUUUUUUUGCGGAGAGUCAGUAAUCUUAAAAAUUUUAACUUCGAUCCUCUUUAAUGAGCCAUAUAUGCUUGAAACAUGUUACUUGAUAUUUGUUAUUAUCGUUUUAUAUGGUGUAAUUAUUAGAAGAAAAGCUAAUUUUUUUAAACAAAAAAAUUGUGAUACAUGAUCCGCGCAAACGAAUAUUACAUCUGAACCGGUGGUAAAUGGCUUUCCAGUGUAGAAGGAACUAAGUUUACGGUAUCAACAAUAACAGAUAAUAUACGGUUUUUUUUUAAUCGAUACAGUACAUUGAUCUAUAUCAGUCAUAUUUUAUAAUUAGUUGCUACAUAAUUGUCAAUCAAUCAGUUAAUUAUGUAGCAUCAAAGUAUUAUCUAAGCCGUUCUCACUUUGAUGUCAGGUAUCUGUCCAGCAUACGAUUCCAGGUACCCCACACUCGGUUCCUUCUCUACAUGAACACCAUUGAAACACGUGAAGACAAAGAGCUUCAUCAUAGAUGAUUUUUGAGAUUAAUUUGAGAUGUUUCAACGUUGGAAAAACCAAAUUGGAAACCAAAUUGGUUGGAAAAGCCUGCAUAACACGAUCACUAUGGUUUGUCCAGUAGCGACGUGACAGAUUACGGACAUUUGUCAUUAGCUUAAGUAAGGCAAGUUUAAUUUGAGUGUUUACACUAUAUUUCCAAUAACAAACACAACAGUUGCGACGUCAAAGUGUUCCAUAGUAAAAAAAACCACCGUUUAUUGUCCUCGGCGGCCGUUCAUCCCGCGCUACCAAUCCGGCUCUGUGCGGCCUAAAAAUCGUCUUAAGAAGAAAAACUAACUUACACAAUUUCUGCAGGCCAUGCGUGCUUCGUGUAUUCUCAACAAACGUUAGAACGGAACGUUGACGCAUCGGCAUAUAGAUUCGUUGGGAUGUUCGGUGCAGACAGUCACGCUGCGACUUAACAGACCGUUACGGUAGCCAUGAUGUCAUUGCGAUGGGAGGAGUAAUUCGGCCAGGACGUCCGCUUCACGCAAGGGACGUCGACUUCGAUGGGCGCCACUGUGUGGUUUUAUGCGUGGCGCACUAUGGAAAGGGCAAACUUUAUCGAGAACUAGACGAUUUACUUUAGUUAAGCUCUAAUAAAGGGGAAACAAAGCAGCGAAUAUAAAACCGACAGGAUCGUCAGCAUGAACAGUCAGAAGCAUCGAAAACAACAAGGGAACUCUUCAAAGUGAAACUGUGACCAGCCAUCAAUAAAUGGUGCUUUUUAAAUAAUAAUUACAAUUGCUUGCUUUGCGCCCAUUGCUUGUGACCAUUGCCUCCAGGUUUUUCAAGCAGUUGUAGCGUGGAUGAACUUUUGGUAUUGGUUAUGAUAUGUUGAAAAUCAAAAUAUAGGAUGAUCACUUCUACGACAGCGCUUCUCUCGCUUACCUCCUUCUGAGCAACGGUCCUGCGAACGUUUCGACCCGUUGAAUUUUGAAUAGUGCGCGCAAAAUGACAUCAACAACGACACCUCACGUGGGCAAAACAAGUCACGUUUAACAUUUACACCACCGGCCUGCAGUGAUUAGUGCUUGAACCUUGCCACCUGGCUUGAGAUGUCAAACCAGUCAGACCUUUCACUUUUCUUCGCUAACGAUGAUUAUGCCUGAUUGAUACUGAACUAUCUUGUUGCGAUAGUGCUUCGAAUUUGAUUGUUUCGGUACCGUCAUCGGGUGUCCCUUCAGACGACUCGCCCUGAUCAGAAGGUAAAGUGUGCCUACGACAGAAUACGAACUCGGACCUCCUUCCUGCACCCCAACAGGUUCAACAGGCUACCGUUCUACCAAUACAAUUCACCUCCCCAUGACGCGUCGAAGAUUGGCAAUUGUUUGUAAGAAAUAAUUUUCCCAAUUAGGAUGUAUUAUUUUGCAAUUGGCAAUAAGCCGGAUGCUGGCUUCGAACAAAACUCGGACUAAGAAAGAUACUUGUUGGAGCUUGUGAUCACUUAUAGGGGUCCGAAAAGGUUUUAGUACAUCUUGAACGUACAUCUUUCCAACAAACAAAUUUCAAAGUCUUCGUCAGGUACUAAAAAAUCACCGCAUUCGAUGAAAUUACUGAACAUCAGCUGCCCAUCAAGCCCACACCUUGCAGGCUCAAGAUAGUCAACUAUUUUGUGACCAGAGCUUUAGUACAUCACAAGCAUAUAUCAAUACGGUUUUCACUUCAAGGCGAAAGUUUAGCAGAACGGUCGUUUGAUCAAUAACCUCUAUGUUUGUAGUUUUUGUAGGCGCUCCAUGAGACAGACGGCUGGCUCCCGGUUCUUGAGGACAGAUGUCUGUAUUGCAAUAUUCACUACUUUUCACCGCCAAUACCAUAGACCUCUAACCUAGACCACAACGUGUCCCUAAAAGUAGCAGACAAAUACGUGACCUAUUAAGCUAUCACUGUGCUAUUACAAUAUCCUACGAGUGACCUAUUAACCUGGCCCGUUCCUCAAGCUUGUUAGGCUUAGCGCAAUUAGCAGCUUCAAAGAAAACCAAUUAUUUUAGCGACGAUUUCAACAUUGUGGUUAUAUUUCUUAACUAAUAUAUAAAAGCGUGUGUUCGUAAAACAGUAAUUUCUGCUUACAUCAGUACUGUUACAACAACAAGGAACUUCGCUACAUUUAUCAUCGUUUAUAUUUACAGAGAAAGGAGCCAAUGAUAAUAAACGGUUACUAAAAUGGCUCAGUCGAUCAGCGACCUUCAGGAAGGUCGCAAAGUCGUUGGGGACUGUGGAAGCGAUUUCUCUCCUCCGAAGUGGCUCGAAAUGCCGAAAUACAAACGUGGUCAGGAACUAUUGAAAGAAAACAUCUUCGCCACGUUAUUCUGUCAUGUGGGUGGCCUCAUAAUGCUGGUCAAUGUUCCUUCAAUCUACAAACUGCUUGAUAACACCGGCAAUUCGAGGUCUCUAGUUUCUUGCUUUCAAAGGUAUCUCAAAACCCUAACCCAUGUGAAGAGCUGGUACGAGACAGACAUCUUUGACGCCUCAUCCGAAGGGUUUCAGAGUAUUAAAUACGUACGGGGCCUGCACCGAAAGGUAGCUGCAGCCAUGGCACAACAACGGCCUCUUUUAGCUAGUCAGGACGUUUGUGAGACCGGUGGUGGGAAAAUGAACAAUCGAUCAAACCUGGAGGCAGACCCAGAAGUGUGGAUCUCACAGUGGGAUAUGGCAAUGACCCAGUUUGCUUUCCUAGGCAUGAUGAUUCUGCAUCCAAAUGUACUUGGUUUCUCACAUCUGUCGCGUCAGGAUAAAGAAGCGGUAGCGCACUGUUGGCGUUGUAUUGGGUACCAGCUGGGCAUCGAUGAUAAAUACAACUUAUUCGGUUCGGAUAACCUUCACACCAUUGAGAAACUCUGCCAAAACAUCGAAGCGGAGGUGUUCCGACCAAACUUAACAGCCAAUUAUUUAGGUGGUCUCCGUAUGGGUAAGACCAUUCUGGAGUCUAUUCGAAACAUAGUACACGGCUUAACGUACCAUGGAUUCAUGAAAUUCUGGAGCGAGGUAAUUGGAGUGCGCUAUCUGGUCCGGCUAUCAGCAGGUGAUUGGCUAAGUUAUGUCCUUAUCAGCGUUGUUUUCCGGGGACGGAUGUUUAGUAUGUUUCCAUUACGUAAUGGUUUUAAUCGAUUGGUCCUAUGGGCCAUUGAAAGAGCGUCACUUCGAGCAAUGACAAUAUACAAGGAUCUCUGUGUACGGGACAAUAAAGGUGGCGUCGAAGUCUCAGCGUGUCCUUUCGCGAAGUUUCAUGACUAUUUAUAACUAUACCAUCGUGUAACAUCGAGCACCCAUUAUCGUAAGCUAUAUUAGCUUGAUUGUAGAACAGUAAAAUAUUAUGAGAUAUUUACGAAGUAGUAUGUGCGUUCUGUGAACAUUGACGGACAUACCAUUGAUUCGAAUGGCUUCACGAAAAGGCCAGUUUCGUUGGCAAACCGCAUCGUUGGUGACACGGUAUUUCCGAAAAUACUCGUCUUGUUGGUUAAAAAUAAA